AAGCGCCUCGUCGGGCGACUGUGGCGGCGGUCGCCGUGAUGCCUGAGGGGCUGGGCGGCUGACGGCGGAGUAGGAGCGGGCCCUGGGCCCAGAAUCUCGGCGCCCGCUGCUCGAGAGCGGUCUGCGCCAUGGCCACCUCCGCCGCCUCCUCGGAGCAUUUCGAGAAACUGCACGAGAUCUUCCGCGGCCUCCAUGAAGACCUACGAGGGGUGCCGGAGCGGCUCCUGGGGAUGGCAGGGACAGAAGAGAAGAAGAAGUUGAUCAGAGAUUUCGAUGAAAAGCAACAGGAAGCAAAUGAAACGCUGGCAGAGAUGGAAGAGGAACUGCGUUAUGCACCCCUAUCUUUUCGUAACCCUAUGAUGUCUAAGCUGCGAACCUACCGGAAGGACCUUGCCAAACUCCAUCGGGAAGUGAGAAGUACGCCUUUGACAGCCACUCCUGGGGCCCGAGGAGACAUGAAAUAUGGCACAUACGCUGUGGAGAACGAGCAUAUGAAUCGGCUACAGUCUCAAAGGGCAUUGCUUCUUCAAGGCACUGACAGCCUGAACCGGGCCACCCAGAGUAUUGAGCGUUCUCAUCGUAUUGCCGCAGAGACUGACCAGAUUGGCUCAGAAAUCAUAGAAGAGCUGGGGGAGCAACGUGACCAGUUGGAACGUACCAAGAGUAGACUGGUAGAUACAAGUGAAAACUUGAGCAAAAGUCGGAAGAUUCUCCGCUCAAUGUCCAGAAAAGUGACAACCAACAAGCUGCUACUUUCCAUCGUCAUCUUACUGGAGCUAGCCAUUCUGGGAGGCCUGGUUUAUUACAAAUUCUUUCGCAGGCAUUAAACCUCCUGUAGGGAAGGGUUUGUGGACCAGAACUGUGACUCUGUGAAUGAAUGGCGUUAGAGGUGUGGAAAAAAAUCUUAUUGCUGCUGUGAACUAGCGGUUCAAGAAGGCACUGUGUAGCCACUGUGGGUGGAGGGAGGAAGACGGAAGACCACUGAAAUGUGAAGGAACAGUAAUAAGACCAGUAUGAUAUACCAAGGUAAUAAAUGUCCUUUAUGACUUCUUUAAGUUUACACAGUGCUCCAA